AUGUGGUGGGUGUGCGUGUGACCUGAGAUGCGUGUAAAAGCGAUUGCAUUCACAUCGUAGUCAAAAACCCACUUUCCCAACGCUCCCACUCCAAGUGUUGAGCGUACAGAUCUACAGAGACCCACGAUCAAAGCCGGGCUAAACUCAAAAUGUCCAACGACAUCAAAUCCAAAGAUGUGGAAGACUCAGUCUACCCCUUGUCCAACCUCGAAUCCCACACCCCAAACAAUGCUCUCCACAAAUCGCUCAUUCGCCGCCAGGACAUGCGUAUCCUCCCGCUCUCCGCGCUGUGCUACUUCAUCCUCAACAUUGACCGCUCCAACGUCGGCAAUGCGAAGACCAUGAACGCAGACACCCAGGAUGACUUACUGUCUGACAUAAACAUGAGCGAGCACAACUACAUCGUCGCGCUCAUGGUGUUUUUCAUCAUCUACGCGCUGGCAGAGGUGCCAUCGAACUACCUACUCAAGCGCUGUGCACCGUCGACCUGGAUCGCGUUUCUGAUGUUUUCGUGGGGCGCAAUCACCAUUGGAAUCGCGGGCGUGCGCUCAUUUGCCUCGUUCACUGCAACCAGAUUUCUGUUGGGGCUGUUUGAGGCGGGCCUGUUUCCUGGUAUCAUUUACCAUUUGACUUUUUGGUACCGCGCCGAAGAGCGGAGCUUGCGAAUUGCUUUAGUGCUUGCCAGUGCCACACUGGCUGGGGCUUUUGGAGGAGCCAUUGCUUUUGGUGUUGGGCAUAUGAACGGAGUGCGUGGACUUGCUGGAUGGCGGUGGCUCUUUGUAGUUGAGGGAGUGCCAACUUGUUUGGCAUCCUUCUUGAUCUACUUCUGCCUUCCGAAUUACCCCGAGACCGCUCGCUGGCUCUCAAGAGAAGAGAAAGAACUGGCUGCGCUCCGUCUUGAAGGUGGUCAGAGCAGCAUAAGACUGACGUUAAAAGAUUUCAAAGACGUUUGCGUCGAUUGGAGAUUGUACGCGCAUUACGCAUUAUAUUUUGCUGUUUGCUGCCCCUUCAGCUCCUUGGCGUUCUUCACACCCACCAUCACGGCUGGGCUUGGCUUCAAGGGCCUCCAGUCUCAGUUGAUGACGGUACCACCUUAUGCUGUUGCAUACGUGGUCAUGGUCUUCGCCUCUUGGUCCGCAGAUCACUUCAAUGCCCGUGCACUACACUCUGCUGGGCUAGCCUUGAUAGGUGCCUGCGGUUUUCUCGGAUCUGCAAUAUUGCCUCCGGAUGCGUACAAGGCGCGCUACGGAUGUCUUAUUGUUGCGACAGCGGGAGCAUUCUCUUGCAUCCCACCAUUACUAGGAUGGCUAUCCGCAAAUUUGCAUAACCCGGCACAUGUGGGAAUUGCGAUUGCUCUGAAUAUCUCUUGGGGCACACCUGGGCAGAUCACUGGUGUGUGGAUCUAUAAAAAAUCAGAGAAGCUGCAAGGUUACCCCACUGGCCAUUGGGUCAACGCUGGCUUGCUGUUCUUUGUUGUAGUGGGCUCUAUUGGGUUGAGAUUCUAUUACUUGAUUCUCAACAGGAGAAUCUUGCGUCAGAAUCCCACAAGCAAGGUCUACCGUUACUGAAUAUGGUCAAUGUUAAAU